AUGCCCACUGGUAUCAGCGACAUUGGGAGAGUGACCAGGGCACAUGUGAUUCAAGGGGAUAUUUUUGGCCAGCAUCAAGUCACAGACCAAGUGGCUGAGGUUAAAACGCUCCUCGCACCAUUAUCGAGGAAGGACGUUCCAACGGUGCGUUGUUUGGGACUGAACUAUGAGCAGCAUGCGAGAGAAUCCAACCUCCCCAUCCCUAAGUAUCCAGUCCUCUUCUACAAGCCCAUAACAGCCAUUACUGGUCCGCAUGAUGAUAUCCCCAUAUGUUCUAUGGCGCAAGAUGGGGAGGGACUGGACUAUGAAUGUGAGUUAGUUCUUGUCAUUGGCAAGGAAGCCAAGAACAUUCCCGAGGAGCACGCUUUGGAUUAUGUACUCGGGUAUGCUGUAGGAAACGAUAUUUCCCAUCGUGAUUGGCAACUCAAGCGUGGCGGAGGACAAUGGGGGUUGGGCAAAGGCUUCGAUGGUUGGGCACCUUUUGGACCAGGCAUCGUCUCUUCAAAGCUGAUCCGUAAUCCCAACGCCUUAAAUAUCUCAACUAAGGUCAACGGUCGAACGGUCCAGUCAUCAUCAACUAAAGAUAUGAUAUUCGGGGUCGCCAAGACGGUGUCAUUUCUCUCCCAAGGCACCACUCUGCUGCCUGGUGACCUAAUUUUCACCGGAACGCCGCAGGGUGUUGGGAUGGGCCGGAAACCUGCAGCUUGGCUUACAAAUGGCGAUCAGGUUGAGGUUUCUCUGGAAGAUGUGGGUUCGUGCGUUAACCGAGUCGCCUUUGAAAAGCUACCAUCUAAGCUAUGA